AUGUCUGCUGGGGCCCGCCGGAGGAACCGGGCGCAGCAUUUCGCUCCCCUCUGGUGUUUCUCGGUCGGGUUGGGGAUGCUGUGGUCCCCUGCCUCACAGGCUUUCAACUUGGACGUGGACAAACUCACCGUGUACAGCGGCCCAAAGGGCAGCUACUUCGGCUACGCAGUGGACUUCCACAUACCUGAUGCCCGCACAGCAAGUGUCUUGGUGGGGGCACCCAAAGCCAAUACCAGCCAGCCGGACAUCGUGGAAGGGGGAGCCGUCUAUUACUGCCCUUGGCCGGUGGAAGGAUCUGCACAGUGCAAGCAGAUACCAUUUGACACCACCAACAACAGAAAGAUCAGAGUUAACGGAACCAAAGAACCUAUAGAGUUUAAAUCGAAUCAGUGGUUUGGAGCAACAGUGAAAGCUCACAAAGGGAAAGUUGUGGCCUGUGCUCCUUUAUAUCAUUGGAGAACUCUUAAACCAACACCAGAAAAAGACCCGGUUGGCACUUGCUACGUGGCAAUUCAGAAUUUCAGUGCCUAUGCUGAGUACUCCCCUUGUCGGAACAGCAAUGCCGAUCCUGAAGGCCAAGGUUACUGCCAAGCAGGAUUUAGUCUGGAUUUUUAUAAGAAUGGAGACCUCAUUGUAGGAGGACCUGGAAGUUUUUACUGGCAAGGUCAAGUGAUCACCGCCAGUAUUGCAGACAUUAUCGCAAAUUACUCAUUCAAGGAUAUUCUGAGGAAACUGGCUGGAGAAAAGCAGACCGAAGUGGCUCCAGCUUCCUACGAUGAUAGUUACCUUGGAUACUCAGUUGCUGCUGGGGAAUUCACUGGAGACUCUCAGCAAGAAUUGGUUGCUGGAGUUCCAAGAGGAGCACAGAAUUUUGGAUAUGUGUCAAUCAUUAAUUCUACAGAUAUGACCUUUAUCCAGAAUUUCACUGGUGAACAGAUGGCAUCUUAUUUUGGUUAUAGUGUUGUCGUAUCAGAUGUUAACAAUGAUGGGAUGGAUGACAUAUUGAUUGGGGCACCCCUCUUUAUGGAACGUGAAUUUGAGAGUAACCCUAGAGAAGUAGGGCAAGUCUACCUGUAUUUGCAAGUGAGUGCCCUCCUCUUCCAAGAUCCACAGGUCCUCACAGGCACCGAGACUUUUGGAAGAUUUGGUAGUGCUAUUGCGCACUUAGGGGACCUGAACCAGGAUGGAUACAAUGACAUCGCCAUCGGUGUGCCCUUUGCGGGCAAGGAUCAAAGAGGCCAAGUGCUCAUUUACAACGGGAAUGAGAACGGCUUGAACACCAGAGCGUCCCAGAUGCUGCAAGGAGCGUGGGCCUCCCAGACCAUCCCUUCCGGAUUUGGCUUUUCUUUAAGAGGAGAUUCAGACAUUGACAAGAAUGAUUACCCAGAUUUACUUGUGGGUGCAUUUGGAACAGGAAAAGUAGCUGUUUACAGAGCAAGGCCAGUUGUGACUGUGGAUGCCCAGCUUCUGCUGCACCCAGUGAUUAUCAAUAUUGACAAUAAAACUUGCCAGAUUCCAGAAUCUUUGACACCUGUGGCCUGCUUUUCUUUAAGAGUAUGUGCAUCUGUAGCAGGUCAGAGCAUUUCAAACACAAUAGCCCUGACAGCUGAGGUGCAGUUAGACUCCCUGAAACAGAAAGGAGCCAUUAAAAGAACACUCUUCCUGGGUAACCAUCAACCCCAUCUCCUCUUCCCUCUGGUGAUAAAGCGUCAGAAAUCCCUCCAGUGCCAGGAUUUUGUCGUUUACCUUCGAGAUGAAACAGAAUUCCGAGAUAAAUUAUCUCCAAUCAAUAUUAGUUUGAAUUACAGCUUGGAUGAAUCCACCUUUAAAGAAGGCCUGGAAGUGAACCCAAUACUAAACCACUACAGGGACAAUGUCGUUACUGAACAGGCUCACAUCCUGGUGGACUGUGGAGAAGAUAAUCUGUGUGUUCCUGACUUGAAGCUGUCGGCUAGACCAGAUAAGCACCAGAUUAUCAUUGGAGAUGAAAAUCACCUUAUGCUCAUAAUAAACGCAAGAAAUGAAGGGGAGGGGGCCUAUGAAGCGGAACUCUUUGUAAUGAUACCAGAAGAGGCGGAUUAUGUUGGCAUUGAACGUAACAACAAGGUACUGCGGCCACUGAGCUGUGAGUACAAGAUGGAAAAUGUGACCAGGAUGGUGGUGUGUGACCUUGGGAACCCUAUGGCGGCUGGAACAAAUUAUUCUCUGGGCCUCCGGUUUGCAGUUCCACGUCUUGAGAAAACCAACAUGAGCAUUAACUUCGAUCUCCAAAUCAGAAGUUCCAACAAGGACAACCCAGACAGCAAUUUUGUGAAUUUGCAGAUCAACAUCACUGCUGUAGCUCAAGUAGAAAUAAGAGGAGUAUCCCACCCUCCGCAGAUCAUUCUGCCCAUUCAUAACUGGGAACCGGAAAUGGAGCCCCGCACAGAGGAUGAAGUUGGACCAUUGGUGGAGCAUAUUUAUGAGCUGCACAAUAUUGGACCGAGUACCAUCAGUGACACCAUUCUGGAGGUGGGCUGGCCAUUCUCUGCACGGGAUGAGUUUCUCCUUUAUAUUUUUCAUAUUCAAACUCUGGGACCUCUGCGGUGUCAAACAAGUCCUGAUAUCAACCCACAAGAUAUAAAGCCUGCAGCCUCCCCAGAGGACACCCCUGAGCUCAGCGCCUUUCUGCGAAACUCUACCAUUCCUCAUCUUGUCAAGAAGCGGGAUGUGCCUGGUGUCCAGCUCCACAGACAGAGUCCCACAAAAAUACUGAAUUGUACAAAUAUCGAGUGUUUGCAAAUCUCCUGUGUAGUGGGACGACUAGAAGGAGGAGAGAGUGCAGUUCUCAAGGUCAGAUCUCGACUGUGGGCCCACACGUUCCUCCAGAGAAAAAAUGAUCCCUAUGCUCUUGCAUCCAUGGUGUCCUUUGAAGUUAAGAAGAUGCCUUAUAAAGAUCAGCCAGCUAAACUCCCAGAAGGAAGCAUAGCAAUUAAGACCUCAGUUAUUUGGGCAACCCCAAAUGUAUCCUUCUCCAUCCCACUGUGGGUCAUAAUACUAGCAAUACUUCUUGGAUUGUUGGUUCUGGCCAUUUUAACUUUAGCUUUAUGGAAGUGCGGGUUCUUUGACAGAGCAAGACCUCCUCAGGAUGAUAUGGCUGACAGAGAACAGCUGACCAGUGACAAAACUCCUGAGGCGUGAUAAGGAAAAGCAAUGACCAAAAACCCAAACACUGAUUCUGUUCAAAGAAAAGAAAGGACAUAAGG